AUGAGCAGCAAAAGAGUCGAGUCAGAUGCAUUUGGAAACAUCGAAGUUCCCGGUGACAAAUAUUGGGGUGCUCAAACACAAAGAUCACUCAAGAACUUUGAAAUUGGUGACAUCAAGAUGCCUCUUCCUAUAGUCAAGGCAUUUGGUAUUUUAAAAAAAUCCGCAGCCAUAGUCAAUACUAAGUUGGGUAAGCUUGAUCCAAAGUUAAGUGACGCAAUACAGCAAGCAUGCGACGAGAUCAUUGCCGGUAAGUUCAAUGAUAAUUUCCCGCUUGUGAUUUAUCAAACCGGUUCAGGAACUCAAUCAAAUAUGAAUGCUAAUGAAGUGAUUUCAAACAGGGCAAUUGAGAUUCUUGGUGGUGAAAAAGGAAGCAAAAACCCAGUCCAUCCAAACGACCAUUGCAACAUGUCACAAUCCUCCAACGACACAUUCCCUACUGUCAUGCAUAUUGCCGCAGUAAUGCAGAUUGAACAGCAUUUGAUUCCAAAUCUCAAAGAGUUGCAGAUUGCAUUCGAGACAAAGCAACAAGAGUUUGAACAAAUAAUCAAGAUUGGAAGAACUCAUUUACAAGAUGCCACACCAUUAACAUUGGGCCAAGAGUUUUCUGGUUACGUCCAACAAAUCAAAUACGGUAUUGAGAGAGUUGAAUCAACAUUGGCAAGAUUAUCCUUACUUGCUCAGGGUGGUACUGCAGUUGGUACUGGCCUCAAUGCACCCAUUGGAUUUGACAAGGCCAUUGCUGAAGAAGUCUCUAAACUUACGGGUCUCAAGUUUUCCACAGCGCCCAACAAAUUUGAGGCAUUAGCAGCACACGAUGCUGCAGUGGAGGCCUCUGGUGCUCUCAACACUCUUGCAGCAUCAUUGUUCAAAAUUGCAAAUGAUAUCAGAUACCUUGGUUCAGGCCCACGUUGUGGAUACGGCGAGCUUUCUCUUCCCGAAAACGAACCAGGUUCUUCAAUCAUGCCAGGAAAAGUCAAUCCUACUCAAUGUGAAGCAAUGACAAUGGUUUGUGCCCAAGUUAUGGGAAACAAUACCACAAUCACUUUUAGUGGUGCUUCAGGUCAGUUUGAAUUGAAUGUGUUUAAACCAGUGAUUGCUUACAAUUUACUCAAUUCGAUUCAGUUGUUGGGAGACGCAGCAAGGUCCUUUAGAUUGCAUUGUGUUGAAGGAAUCCAAGCUAACACGGAAAAGAUUAAUAAACUAUUGCAUGAAUCAUUAAUGUUGGUUACCGCCUUGAACCCAAAGAUUGGGUAUGACAAUGCAUCCAAAGUUGCCAAGAAUGCUCAUAAAAAGGGAAUAAAUUUGAAAGAGUCGUGCAUUGAGUUGGGCAUGUUGACAUCAGAAGAGUUUGAUCAAUGGGUUAGACCAGAGAAGAUGAUUUCUCCAAGUAAAUUGUGA